UACGAAGGGUGUAACAAUGACCACACAUGCACAGGUCAUGUAGGUGGUCAGACAGUAUAAAUAUGUCUGAUCAGUGGCUGCAGAUGCACUCAUCAGAGCAGAGUGGAUUUCAGCAGACCUCGUAAUCAUGUCUAACAUUCCUGGUGGUUUUGGUGAGACGAAGGACGCAGAUGAGGAAAUUCAGAAGCUUUGUGAUCAGGUGAAGGCUCAAGUGGAGGAGAAGACGGGGGGGAACUAUGAGGUUUUCACAGCAGUUCAGUACAGGGAACAGGUUGUGGCUGGAAUGAACUACAUUAUUAAGGUUGAUGUGGGAGGUUCCUCUUACCUCCAUAUCAAAGUCUUCAAAAGCCUCUCAGGAGAGAUCAUGCUGACCAGUCUGGAGGAGGACCACAGCAAAGACGAUCCAAUCAAACCUUUCUGAUGGGAAUAUUCAACUUUGGAAAUAAGUUGAAUUUUUCAUGGAAAAAUAAAGAAUACAUCACAAAUGAGA